AUGGAGGGCUUAUCCGAAAAACCCAACUAUCCUGGGCUGAAUGGAAGUGCCGAAACUAUCGUCGAAACAUUUCAAUGUGGCCCUCGGACUCCUGAGACCCCCAAUGAAAAGACUCCCAAUGACAAGCUUAAUGGAGACGACCCGGAACUUGGAGAUUGGGCGUUCGGCUCAAGAGUGAAGCAACUGAAAGAGAGAGAGCUUUCCGCUGGACUGACAAAUCGUGAACUUGGUGUAAGCUGGAGGAACCUCAAUGUCUCGGUUCCCGAAGCCGACUCGGCCAUUAAUCACAAUGCCAUCUCCCAAUUUGAUCUCUUGCACCAUUUUCAAGCUUUCCGCCAUAAGCCUGCUCAGAAGAAAAUUCUUGUUAACAGUCAUGGUUGUGUGAAGCCUGGUGAGAUGCUUUUGGUUCUGGGACGUCCCGGCUCAGGAUGUACCACUUUGUUGAAGCUUCUUGCGAACCGUCGCGGUGCCUAUAACAUAGAAGCAGAUAUUCGCUUUGGGACAAUGGAUCAUAAAGAAGCAGAAGCAUACAAAGGCCAGAUCGUGAUGAAUACCGAGGAAGAAAUCUUCUUCCCUACCCUCACGGUUGGCAACACCAUGGAUUUCGCGACAAAGAAUAAAGUUCCGCUUCACAGGCCAACAGAUCUACCCUCUGCCAAAGAAUAUCGUGAAGAUUUCAAGGACUUUCUCCUUGAGUCUCUGGGCAUUUCUCACACAGCCAACACGAAGAUUGGUAACGAGUACGUCCGCGGUGUCUCUGGCGGCGAGCGGAAGCGCGUUUCAAUCAUCGAAUGUAUGACAACUCGCGGUUCGGUUUUCUGUUGGGAUAACAGUACGCGUGGUUUAGACGCAAGCUCGGCACUCGAUUGGGCCAAAUUUAUUCGAACCCUUACCGAUGUUCUGGGAUUGGCCAGUAUCGUCACCCUUUACCAGGCCGGAAAUGGAAUUUAUGACUUGUUUGAUAAGGUCUUGGUCCUGGAUGAAGGUGAAGAGAUUUACUAUGGUCUUAUGUCUGAAGCAAGACCGUUUCUCGAAGCGAAUGGCUUUGUUUGCCGUGAAGGAGCAAAUGUGGCAGACUACCUCACUGGUGUUACAGUGCCUACUGAACGCGAGAUCAAACCCGGCUAUGAAAACUCCUUCCCUCGCACAGCCCGUGAUAUUCGCUCAUCUUAUGAAGCCACUCCUAUCUUUCAACAAAUGAUUCGCGAAGAGGAGGAGUAUCCGAAGACAGCUGCAGAACGCACUCAAGCAUUCAAAGAAACUGUCACUAUGGAGAAACAGAAAAUCUUUGGCAGAGAAAGCGUCUUUACUAUCAGUCUUUACCAGCAGAUUCUGGCAUGCAUAGUUCGUCAGUAUCAGAUCCUUAAGGGUGACAAAGCUACGUUUGCCAUUCAACGCUCAUUCAAUCGCUUUGUGUUGGAAAGCUCUGGUAUCUUCCUCAAGUCUGGUUCCCUUUUCUUUACUAUUCUCUACAACGGUAUCUUAACACCUCUUGCCGAAGUUGUCGCAUCCUUUACUGGUCGCCCAGUGCUUGUGAAACAUAAGCACUUUGCAUUUUUUCACCCUGUCGCCUUCUGCAUCUCACAGAUCGUUCUUGAUAUCCCCGUUUAUCUCUUUCAGAUCUCUUAUUUCUCGUUGGUUCUGUGUUUCAUGACAGGACUUCAGAUGACUGCUUCAGCUUUCUUUACUUAUUGGAUCCAUCUUUUCGGCGUUACUCUCUGCUUGGUGGAGAUGUUUCGUGGAAUUGGAGCUGUCUUUUCGACCUUUGAUGGCGCCUCUAAAAUUUCCGGUUUCCUUAUCACAGCCCUCGUCGUGUAUGCAGGCUACAUGAUUGAGCGACCAUCAAUGCAUAUAUGGUUUGGCUGGAUCUUCUAUGUUAACCCAAUUGCCUAUGCCUUCGAAGCACUUGCUACCAACGAAUUCCAUGGCAAAAUAAUUAAUUGUGCCGGCGCAAAUUUGGUUCCGUCAGGUAGUAGUUACAUCAACAUCAAUUCUACUUACCAGGCGUGUACUGGCGUUCCUAGCGCUGUUACAGGUGCUACCUUUGUUACUGGUGAUCAGUAUCUCGCUGCUAUGAAUUAUUCGCAUACUCAUAUCUGGAGAAACUUCGGAUUCUACUGGGUAUUCUGGGCUUUCAAUGUUUUCGUCACUGUUAUGGCUACUAUGAUGUGGAGCGAUAGCUCGGAAUCCGGACCCUCGAUGCUUAUCCCUUACAAGAAGCGACACUAUCACGCGAAAGUCAACGAUGAAGAGUCACAAAAUACCGAUCAGGGCGCGACUAAAUCCACUUCAUCUGAUGAAAAUGACGAAGAGACUGGGAAUUUGAAAGAUUUGACUUACACUAUGAAAACUCCUACUGGAGAUCGAGUCCUACUUGACAAGGUUUAUGGCUGGGUUGAACCAGGCUCACUCACUGCUUUGAUGGGUUCUAGUGGUGCAGGAAAAACUACCUUGCUCGAUAUUCUUGCUCAACGAAAAACUGAAGGCACGAUCAAUGGAAGUAUCAUGGUCGACGGUCGUCCGCUUCCUAUCUCGUUCCAAAGGUCCUCUGGGUACUGUGAACAACUCAAUGUACAUGAACCGUUUGCUACUGUCAGGGAGGCUCUUGAGUUUUCGGCUCUACUCAGACAGCCAAAAGAGCUUUCUAGAGAAGAGAAGCUUGCCUACGUCGACGUCAUUAUCAAUCUCCUGGAGCUACAUGACAUCAAGGACACACUGAUUGGUCAAGUUGGUGCAGGACUUAGCAUUGAACAGAGAAAACGAGUCACCAUUGGUGUGGAAUUAGUGUCAAAGCCCAAGAUCCUGAUCUUCCUCGACGAGCCCACCUCUGGUCUAGAUAGCCAGGCUGCAUUCAAUACCGUUCGAUUCCUACGCAAGCUUGCUGAUCAUGGACAAGCGGUGUUGGUUACUAUUCACCAGCCCUCUGCGCAGCUCUUUUCGCAAUUCGAUAACCUCCUACUUCUCGCGAAGGGUGGUAAAAUGGUGUAUCUUGGAGAGAUCGGCGAGGACGGCUCUCGCAUCAAAGAGUAUUUUGGAAACCUUGGAGCGCCGUGCCCUCCAGGAACUAACCCCGCUGAGUAUAUGAUUGAUGUUGUUUCUGGCAAUAUCGUACCUGGCGUCGAAUGGCAUCAGAAGUGGUUGGAAUCAUCACAGCAUCAAUAUAUGGUUUCUCAUCUCGAUCAGAUCAUAUCUGAUGCAGCUUCUAAGCCCCCAGGCUUUGAUGACGAUCAAAACGAAUUUGCAACGCCUCUUAUGAUGCAGAUCAAAAUCGUGACCCAACGCAUGAGUUUGUCUAUGUACAGAAAUACUGGCUAUGUGAACAAUAAUUUAUUCUUCACAUCAUUCUGGCUCCGUCUUUUCGCUAUAUACAAUGUCAUUUUCAUCUCGCCCGGUGUUAUCAGUCAGCUGCAACCUCUUUUCAUUUCCCGUCGUGAAAUUUACGACGCUCGCGAGAAGAAAAGUCGUAUAUACUCAUGGAUCGCAUUUGUGACCGGUCUCAUCGUCUCGGAAUUCCCAUAUCUAUGCAUCUGUGCAGUUCUCUAUUACGUGUGUUGCUACUGGACUGUUGGUUUCCCGAGUUCCUCGGCCCGCGCCGGUGCGGACUUUUUCACCAUUUGGAUAUACGAGUUCAUCUAUACAGGCUUGGGUCAAUGCAUCGCUGCUUACGCGCCCAACGCGACGUUCGCUGCCUUAGCCAAUCCCCUAUUCCUUGGUCUCCUCGUCGCUUUCUGUGGCAUGCUUGUCCCCUAUAGUGAGAUCACAGCCUUCUGGCGAUACUGGCUCUACUACCUCAACCCAUUUACCUAUGUCAGUGGAUCUCUUCUUACCUUCGCCAUUUGGGAUGUGGACGUCAAAUGCGCCGAAAGCGAGUUUGCUGUGUUUGACCCACCUAGUGGCCAGACCUGCAAAUCAUAUCUUGCCGACUAUCUGGAAAGCAGUCUGGGUGCUGCAGCCAAUCUUGUUAACCCAUCCGCCACUUCGGGAUGCAAGGUUUGUGAAUAUACCAGUGGAAACGAUUACCUGACUUCUUUAAACAUCAAACACUACUACUAUGGCUGGCGCGAUAUUGGAAUCUGCUUCAUCUUCGUCCUAAGUUCUUACACUGGUGUGUACUUGAUGAUGAAGCUUAGAACAAAGGCCUCCAAAAAGGCAGAAUAA